UUAGGAUCUUCUACACCGCUACUCUCUCUCUCUCUCUCUCUCUCUCUCUCUCUCUCUCACACAAACAGAUAGUCUUCGCUCUUCGAAAAUGGCGAGAGGAUCGUCCCAAUCCCAGACGUCGUCGUCCUCGACCUCGCGCCCCGGCCCCGUCGGCGCUGCCCCGCGGGGCUCAGCCGCAGCCACGGCCGGGAUGCGUCGCCGGCGAAUCGGCGGAUCUGCCGGUGCUUCCGGCAACUUCAGCGGCGGCGGUGGCGGCACCGGCAGCAACAUGCUCCGAUUCUACACGGACGACGCGCCGGGGCUGAAGAUUACCCCUACCGUGGUCCUCGUCAUGAGCGUCUGCUUCAUCGGAUUCGUCACCGCCCUCCACGUCUUCGGCAAGCUCUACCGCUACAAAUCCGGAGCCUGAGACUGAGCCGGAGCCCGAUUCUCCGACUUCGGAUCGCGCGGACUCGGAUCUCAAAGAUCUGAUCGGUUCGGUAAUUCGAUGUGCCACGGGUCUUAAUCUGUAAAUUUUGUUAGGGUUUCGGGGUCUUCAAUUAGUUUUUCUGAAUGGAGUCUGUAUGGUUUUGGGAACUUAAUUAAUGUUGAGCAUAAGAAUGUAAUGGCUUUGGAGAAGCUUUUUCAUCGUAUCUAUGAAGGAUCUGAUUUCUAAUUC